AUGACGAUGCCGCUCAGCCCCCUCUCCAGUGACGAGGAGCAGCGAAGGACUGGGAACAGUCAACACCUUUACCCAGCAGAAGACGAGGAGGAGGAGGAGGAGGAGGAGGAAGAUGAGCCUGAGGAGGAGGGAGAGGAGGAGGAGAACGGGGAGCUGGAGGGGGAGGAGGGGGAGGAAGAGGAGGAGGAGGGAAGCGGCCUAUCGCGCAGAGGCAGGCCUGAAGGGGCCGCGGCAGACGGGAAACGCCAUUGGGCGACAGGUCGGGAGCGAACGCCGCGCCCCGGCAACCUGGGCCACACCCCCAACCCCUACGCGUCCAAUCCCGCGUCUGCCCACCAGCAGCCGGCCAAUCAGCAGCCCCAGAGGCGUCUGAGGGAGCGCAGCUCCAGCAUGGCCCCGCCCCCGGAGGACAUGCAGAUCUCCAUGAUGAUAUUCCGCAUCGGGAUCCCGGACAUCAAACAGACGAAGUGUCUCCGGUUUAACCCGGAUGCGACGGUGUGGCGGGCGAAGCAGCAGGUGCUGUGCUCUCUGACGGAGUCGCUGCGGGACGUGCUGAACUACGGCCUGUUCCAGCCCGCCACCGACGGCCACGACGCCAAGUUCCUGGAGGAGGAGCGGCUGCUGAGAGACUACCCACAAUCCUUCGAGAAAGGGGUGCCCUAUCUGGAGUUUCGUUACAAGACUCGUGUGUACAAGCAGACGAACCUAGAUGAAAAACAACUGGCGAAACUACAUACAAAGGCCAGUCUAAAGAAGUUUCUGGACUACACCCAAAGCAGCUCAGUGGAGAAGAUGGCCAAGUUCUUGGAUAAGGGGCUCGACCCAAACUACCAUGACUCAGAGAACGGGGAGACCCCCUUGUCCCUGGCAGUGCAGUCCGAGCAGGGGGGAGGGGAGGGGAUUAGGGUCCUGGUGAUGGGGGGAGCGCACAUCGACUUCCGGGCCAAGGACGGACUCACCCCCCUACACAAAGCUGUCCGUGCGCACAGCCACACUGCACUACUGACCCUGCUGUCUCUGGGAGCCUCUCCAGAUUAUAAAGAUCGCCGGGGCCUGACCCCGCUGUACCACACUGUGCUGACAGGGGGCGACACCUCCUGCUGUGAGACUCUGCUGUACCACAGAGCCAAACUGGGAAUGAGGGACGAGAACGGCUGGGACGAGACACACCAGGCCUGCCAACAUGGCCACUCUCAGCAUUUAGAGCACCUUCUCUUUUAUGGGGCGGACUCAACUUCCCAGAAUGCCUCAGGAAACACCGCCCUGCACAUUUGUGCUCUGUACAAUAAGGAAAGCUGUGCCCGUAUUCUGUUGUAUAGAGGUGCCAAUAAGGACACAAAAAACAACAGUGGACAAACUCCCUUUCAGGUUGCAGUAAUGUCUGGCCAUUUUGAACUGGGAGAGAUCAUUAAAAACCACCGUGAAUCAGAUGUAGUCCCCUUCCUCGAGUCCCCGAAAUACGCCCCCCAGAGGCGAGAGAGUGCCCGCACCCUGGCGCUGCCCCACCCCCACCCUUUCCUCCGCGCCAACAGCGACAACAGCAUGAACCUUCCUGAUUGGAUGGCCUUUCCCAACACCCCCAGUACCAACAUAGUGUCUGUGCAGGGGUAUAAGCCUUCAGGGACCCUGCGUAGCUCCAGCAGCCCCCGGGGAGCCCGCACCCGCUCCCCGUCCCGGGGGAGGGGAGGAGAGAGGGAGGACCGCAGCCGGCAGCCCCGAGGGAGGCAGGGGUCGGGUUCAGGCGCCAGUACGGGCACGGUGGGGGGUCAGCGGCGGCGUCUGUACAGCGCUGUCCCGGGGCGAGUGUUCGUGGCCACGCGGUCUCACACUGCGCAGGGGGAGAGGGAGCUCAGCCUCAACAGGGGCGACAAAGUGAAAGUGUUGAGCGUGGGCGAAGGGGGCUUCUGGGAGGGGACGGUGAAGGGCCGAACAGGCUGGUUCCCCUCCGAGUGUGUGGAGGAGGUGGCUGUUCGCAGCCAGGACAGUCGCUCAGAUAGCCGCAGCGAGAAAGCCAAGAGACUGUUCCGCCACUACACCGUUGGGUCGUACGACAGCUUUGAUGCCCCCAGUGACUACAUCAUCAAGGAGAAGACCGUUCUUCUGCAGAAGAAAGACAACGAGGGGUUUGGCUUUGUGCUCCGAGGAGCUAAAGCUCAGACCCCUAUAGAAGAGUUCACUCCCACCCCAGCCUUUCCUGCGCUGCAGUACCUUGAGUCAGUUGAUGAAGGGGGCGUGGCCUGGAGAGCCGGCCUGAGAAUGGGAGACUUCCUCAUUGAGGUGAAUGGACAGAAUGUGGUGAAGGUGGGCCACAGACAGGUGGUCAACAUGAUCAGGCAAGGGGGCAACAGCCUCAUGGUCAAGGUCGUCAUGGUAACACGCAACCCUGACAUGGAGGAGGGCUCCAGGAAGAAAAUUCCUCAGCAGAGUAAGCGGCUGGCUGCGCCUGCCAUCGCCCUGCGGUCCAAAUCUAUGACCUCAGAGCUGGAGGAGAUGGCUGCUGCUACUCCGUGGAGGAAGAAAUCAGAGUACGAGUCCUCGCAGGCCACGGAGAAGAAGAGGACAGUCUAUCAGAUGGCCCUGAAUAAACUUGAUGAGAUUUUGGCAGCUGCUCAACAGACAAUCAGCACCAACGAGGGUCCAGGUGGGUCCCGCGGCCACGGAGGGAAGAGGGAGCGGACCAGGGGCUUGUAUAGCAAUGAGCCCAGUUUUGACCAGCCCGGGGGAGGCCCGGUCUCGUCUGGCCCUGGACUGGGCUACGACCGCGGCCAGUUCAUAUCAGGCCACGCCCCGCAGCACGGUAUGAUGCUGCGACAGAAAUCCAUCGGGGUGCCCGAGGAGGAGAAGCAGUACCUCCACCCUCCGUCCAUGAAGUUCGCCCGCAGCCUGUCCGUUCCCGGGCCCGACGACAUCCCCCCGCCCCCCACCACCGCCCCUCCGGACCCGCCUUUCUCCGUGGGCCCGCCCACCAGCUGGAGGUCCCGGCAGUCCCAGCAGCCCUCGGUGUCGGUGUCCCAGUCGGGCUCCGGCCACUAUCAGCCGUACUCCCAGGCGGUGCACUUCCCCCAGGCCGGGAGAGAGAGGGGCGGAGCGGCGGACCACCAUCCGCCCCCUUUCCCCCACCCCUCCCAGCAGACCCGCGCCAACGCGUCCCGGAAGGGCGGGGCGUACGCGGGAGAGGCCGUGUCUGGGGGGAAGGCGGCGGGUUUGAGGCGGGGCUACAGCACUGCCGUCCCCCCCUCUGGCAUGAGCCAACAGCAGCAGGGCCAGGGGCCCCAGCAGCAGGGGGCCCGUCCCGAUCGGUCCGCCGGUGGGGGCCUCCCCAAAGGAGGGGGCCGCAGGGCGAAAGGCCCCCUGGUCAAGCAGUCCAAGAUCGAGGACGGGGUGCGCACGGGCCAGACGCUGGGGAAGGGCCCUGCGGUGGAGAAGAGCUCCAUCGCCAUCCCCACCAUCGUGGUGAAGGCGCCCUCCACCAGCAGCAGUGGCCGCAGCAGCCAGGGCAGCAGCAUGGAGGCGGAGCCGACCCCUGACCCCGACUCCAAGCCACCGCCCGGCGCUCCUACCGGCCAGCCCAUCUCCAUCUCCGCCCCGCCGCCCCCGCCCCCCUCCAUGCCUCCCCCCGCGCCCCCGUCGCUCCCCGCCCCGCGCAGUCCCCAGGAGAACCUGGACUUCACCAGCCAGUUCGGGGCGGCCAUCGUGGGCGCGGCCCGCAGGGACAGGGAGAGGUUCCACGAGGCCCGCAGGAAAAGCGCCUCCUUCUUCCUCUCCGCCGAGGAGGACCCGGGGGUAGGGGGGGGCGGGGGAGGAGGUGGGCGGGGCGGGUCGCAGCCUGGCUCUCAGUUCGGAGGCCCCUCCCCCAGGCUGCGCCCCUCCAAAUCCAUCGACGAGGGCAUGUUCUCUGGGGACACGUUCGUCCACCACGCCCGGAGCAUGCCCCCCGCUUUCGGGCUGCCCGAGUACUCGUCCCCGGCCUCCGACUACCAGCCCAAAUCGGUGCCGGCUGACUUCUACGGGGGGUCGGGGAAGCAGCAGCAGCAGCCUCUGCCCACCACCACCUUCAUCCACCCGCUCACGGGGAAGGUUCUGGACCCCUCGUCGCCCCUGGGCCUGGCGCUCGCCGCCCGAGAGCGUGCCCUGAAGGACGACGGCCGGGCGAGGAGGGAGAGGGCAGGGGAACACCACUUUGGCCGCCAGCUCUCCUCCGCCGCCCCCUCGUCUCUUCUGCAGCACCUCCCGUCCUCCCCCUCCGGCUCCUCCUCCUACCUGGUCACCUCCUCCUCUCUGGCCGCCACCACCUCCACGCUGGGCCGCCCGCCCUCCCCCCGGGCCUACAGCAGGGGCGGGGCUGCAGCCGGGUGGGGCGAGGAAGGGGGGGAGAGGGAGCGGGAGCGGGAGAGCGGAGGAGGAGGGGGGGGAGCGAGGGAGGGGCUGAGGGUGCGGUUUUCGGAAGACCAGACCGUCCACACUCACCACUACCAGCCUUACCAGCCCAGCUACAGGGAGAGGGAGAGAGAGAGGGAGAGGGAAAGAGAGAGAGAAAGCGAGAGGGAGAGAGAGAGGGAGGGGUACGGGCGGAAGCCGGAGCAGGCGCCCCCUACCCAGCAGGCCUCUCAGGCGGCGCCCCGACGGCCCUCUUUCCUGCGGAUGGAGAGCGAGGCCGGGCGGUACGUGCUCUCCCUCACCCCCCCGUCGCCCCCGCCGGCCGCCCCUCCGGCGCUCAUGGUGCUUCCGCCCCCCGCGCCGUCGGUCGACGCCGACGAUGAGUUCAUCUACGCCGAGCCCUUGCCCCCGCCCCUGGAGUUCGCCAACAGCUUUGACCGAGGUUUAGGAGCAAUGCCCGGGUACCCUCAGCAAGGAGGUAUGAUGGCUAACAGCCUGCACCGCCAAUCCCAAACCCAUCCUCCCCCUCCACCCCCUCACCCCCCCCCUCCACCCCCCCAAAAAGAACCCUUCAUAGGCGGGUUCCCCGCUCACACCCCCCUCCCCUCUCCGCAGGCCGGGGACUCCACCGCGUCUAGCCUGACCUCCUACGACAGCGAAGUGGCCAACCUCACCCAGUCGGCCCCUUCCCCGUCUUCGACCUCCCCGAACCCUUUACCCCCGCCUUCGCCCUCCAUGCUCCAGCCCGGUCUGUCCGGGCUGCCUCCCCCUCCCUCCGUCUCCCCUCCUCCGCCCCCCACAUCCUACCACCACCGGCCCUUUGGCCUGUCCCACACCCACCACCUCUACAACAGCACCCACCACCACUCAGGCCGCUCCUCCCCCACGCCUCCCCACCCCGCCCCGCCCCCCUCCUUCCGAGGCACUAGCAGCUCCGGAGCUGGCUCCGCCCCCGCCACACACACGCAGCUCAGAGGUGCCCUGUCCGCCACCUCCACUGUCACCACCGUGACUACGUCCUCCACCACCACUACCACUACUACCACCGCCCAUCCCACCCACCCUGCCCCCACCGCUGCAGGCGUCAGCGGGCCAGGCCGGAGGGCCCCGGCCGCCGCCAAGAGCGGGGAGUCCCAGGAGACCGUGGUGGAUUCUGGGAUAGAGGAGCUGGACAGCCGCAGCAGCAGCGACCACCACCUGGACAGCAUCUUAGGGGCGGUGGGGGUCAGGGCAGGGGAGAGAGGGGGGGUGGAGCGGGGGGAGAGAGGAGGGGGGAGCGUGUUGGAGGGAGAGAGGGGCAGGGACUUGCUGGAGUCGUACAUGAGCUACCUGGACGGGCAAACGUUCGAAAUGCACAACCCCAAGGCGGCCACCUCCACCUACCCUAAGUUGCAGAGGUCCCGAGAAGGGGGGGCGGUGGCGGAGCUGCGGAGGCAGGUCAGCACGGCCCCCCCGCCCUACCGCUCCCAGAGACGGAGGGAGGAGAUGGACGAGGAGGAGGAGGAGGAGGAGGUGGAGAGAGAGGAGGACGAAGAGGAGAACGGACAGCAGGGCUACGGCAUGGGAGAGACACAGAGCUUGGGGCGCCCGACAUCCCUCUAUUUUGAGAGGCCCCGCACCCCGGAGAUGAAGUCUCUCUGGGGGAGUGAGGGCGCUGGGGCGGGACAGGUGGCGGUGGAGGCCGGCAGCCAGGUGGGUGGCGUGUAUUUGGAAGGGCGCAAGCUGCACCCCCCUAUCUCUGGCAUGAAGGCCAGCAUCAUCAACGAGCUGAACUCCAAGCUCCAGGAGAUGGGGGAUAAAGGCAUAGAGGGAUGGGGGGGCCAGCGCUCUCUGAGCAGGCACAGACACAGGUUUUCAGAAGACUCCAGCUCUGCGCUGAGCCCCCCCAUGGCGCGCUCCCCCUCUCCGUCCCCUAUGCCGCCCCCCCGGGCGGGUUCGUCCCCCACUCCUUCCUCUCAGGCCUCGCACUACCAGAGCUGGUCCCGCUCCCCGUCCCCACAGCCCCCCACCGGCCCCUCCCAGCCCGCCCCGGCCCACUCCCCCCUCUCCCCCUCCUACUCACCAUAUCCCACCUCCCCCAAACACCGGCCCGUCUACCGGACCAAGGCCUUGGAGUUCCAGUUCAUCCCCAGCCGAAAAUCCGACCCCCAACUUCACGGCAGCUACCUGCAGCGCCGCCGUGCUCCCAGCCCCCUAAUCUCACCUUCCGAUAGGCCAAAACUGGGCCCGCCCCGCCCCUCUUCCCUACCCACCCUCCCCACCGCCCCCCUCUACAGCAGCCUUUACGAGCUCAGGGGCUCCGUGACCCCCCCUUCACCGGCCAACCCCCUGGGGGACCCCUACUUCUCUCCCUCCCCACCUCUGUUCGCCCCGUCUGGAGCUCCGCCCCCCCCAAACUCCGCCCUGGUGGUUUCCCGCUCCCUGUCCCCAACCCAUUUCCUCUCGGGAGCUUCCUCUCCCCCAAUGCACCCCUUACCCCCUCCGACCUGCCUCAGCUACCCCCACCUGCCACCCCCUUCCCCUUCCAAACCAUUCGCCUCUAAGCCCCUCCCAUUCUGGACCAAGAACGACGUGGCCGAUUGGCUGAGCUACCUGAACCUGGGCGAGCACAGGGAAAAGUUCCUGGACAAUGAGAUUGACGGGACGCACCUGCCCUCCCUCACCAAGGAGGACUACCUGGACCUAGGAGUGAGCCGUGUGGGACACCGCAUGAACAUAGAGAGAGCGCUGAAGCGAUUGAUGGACAGACUUUCUAGCCCUUUCCCAGCUUCCUCGCUGUCGCCCCGAAAUGGACGGACUGAUAGAAGAAGGGAUGAAGGGUCACGAAGCUGAGAGGAGUGUGAGGGAGAGAGAGAGAAGUGGAGUGGGUACGCGGGCCAUGGAGAGGGUUUCUCAAACGCUACUAUCAGUGCUGGAUCUGUAACAUGGCUGGAGAAAAGGAGUGGAGCACUGGCGGCUGGGACAAACCUGAGGGAACAUGAAUGGGAAGAGGAAGAGGAUGAAUGAACAGAAGACAAACAGACCAACCCCUAUAAUACACACAGACCCACUCCUGUAAUACACACAGACACACUCCUGUAAUACACACAGACACACUCCUGUAAUACACACAGACACACUCCUAUAAUACAGACACACUCCUAUAAUACACACAGACACACUCCUAUAAUACACACAGACACACUCCUAUAAUACACACAGACACACUCAUAUAAUACACACAGACCAACCCCUAUAAUACACACAGACACACUCCUAUAAUACACACAGACACUCCUGUAAUACACACAGACACACUCCUGUAAUACACACAGACCAACUCCUAUAAUACACACAGACCAACUCCUAUAAUACACACAGACCAACCCCUAUAAUACACACAGACCAACCCCUAUAAUACACACAGAUACACUCCUAUAAUACACACAGACACACUCCUAUAAGAGACAUAGACACACUCAUAUAAAACACAUACAAACUCAUAUUAGACAGACACACAGAGCCACUCAUAUAAGUCAGACAGACACACUCAUAUAAGACAGGCAGACAUACUCAUAAGACCCACAUACACACUUAUAGAAGACAGACACACAUACACUCAUAUAAGACAGACACACAGACACACUCAUAUAAGACAGACACACACAUACAAACUCAUAUAAGACAGACACACUCAUAAGACUCGCAUACACAGUUAUAUAAGACUGACACACAGACACACUCAUAAGACACAGACACACUCAUAUAAGACAGGCAGACAGUCUCAUAAGACACACAGACACACUCAUAUAAGACAGGCAGACACACUCACAAGACACACAGGCACACUCAUAUAAGACAGACCCACAGACACACUCAUAAGACAGGCAGACACACUCAUAAGACUCACAUACACAGUUAUAUAAGACCGACACACAGACACAAUCAUAUAAGACAGGCAGACACACAGACAAACUCAUAUAAGACAGACACACUCAUAAGACCCUCAUACACAGUUAUAUAAGACCGACACACAGACACUCAUAUAAGACAGACAGACACACUCAUAAGACACAGACACACUCAUAUAAGACAGACCCACAGACACACUCAUAUAAGACAGGCAGAUACACUCAUAAGACAGGCAAACACACUCAUAAUACAAACAGACACACUCAUAAUACACACAUACUCAUUCAUAUAAGACAGACACACACACACUCUUCUAUAGGAAAGACACACUCAUAUAAAACAGCUAGACAGACACAAUCCUAUAAGACACCCAUACACACACCGAUAAGACCCACAGACCCACUUCUAUAAGGAGCACAGACCGAUAUCCCCGUAAGUCACAGGCUUACUCCCCUAAAACAUAGACAGACACUCCCAUAGGAUACUGUGAUUGAAGCAGUCCCACAAGACCGACACAGGAACAAAUACAAUUCUGAGACUGGUACAUUAACACAGAUAAAACUGCAGGGUUUUGAGAAUGCUCUGAAUUUGCACCAAAAAGUCAGACAGUGUACAUGUUAUGAUUCCUACAUUUUUCAGACCCACACCCGGCUGAAAAAUGACAGAAGAGAGAAUGAGCAAAAUAGAAGAGAGAGGGGAAUGAAUGGCUUCACUCGUCUACCUUUACGGCCUGUCCUCAUCACCCUUUCCCCUCUCUCUCUUUCUCUCUGUACGCUUUUGGGUCCUUUGGGCCGAACGAGCGCAGUCUUUCCGGUGGUUUCUGAAGUGUGGUGGGGGAGGCUCCCGCUCUGUGCUUUACCUCAGUGGCGAAGGCCCGUUGCAUCAGGACAUUGUAACUGAACCAGCCAGUUCAUUUCUUACAGAUAUGAGCUGGAAUAUAUUCUGAUUUCCCAAAAACAAGGGUAAUACUGAGUGUGUGCACAGACACAUGGAUGAAUACACACACCACGCACACACAUACCACGUACACACACACAUUGACUCAGGUGGUAAUAGCGAUCAUCUGGCAGUCAGAAGGUUGCCGGUUCGAUCCCCCGCCCGGGCUGUGUCGAAGUGUCCCUGAGCAAGGCACCUAACCCCCAAAUGCUCCUGACGGAGCUGGUCGGUGCCUUGCAUGGCAGCCAAUCACCAUUGAUGUGUGUAGGGAUGGGUGAAUGAGAAGCAUCACUUGUACAGCGCUUUGGGUAAAGGCGCUAUAUAAAUGCCAACCAUUUACCACAGACACACAGAUUGACAAACACACCAUGCCCACACAGACACACAUCAACACACACACACACUCAUGUAUAGCUCUUUGUUUUUGUCUGAGAAACGAUCAGAAGCAACGAGCGAAUGGUUCUAGGAAGAGCCUGAUGAAAAGCAGGCGACUGAGGCUUGGAAGUAUGCAAAACUACAGCGCUCUUCAUGCCCUGCGAUUUUUACUACAGACUUCCAGAGCACUGAAGCAAACCGCAACCGUCACUACAGCCAAGAGCGAUUCCGAACAUAUUUAUUUCAGAGAGGAGGUGGAGGUGGGGUGUGGGGGUCGAUACUGAAAUGAAAACCUCAUUCCUCUCACCCCACCCCCCCGAACAACUUUCUACUCAAGGAUGCAAUGAAAAGACGAAAAAACGGAAUAUACGGAUGGAUGAACGAGAAGAUAUACUUACAUCUGUUUUAAUAUGACGAUUGUUCUUAUAACAAUUUUUAAAAUUUAAAUGGGUCCUGCUAUUUAUGUAUUCAGACUCAUCGUUAUUAUUGCUGUUAUCAUCAUCAUCGCUGUUAUUGUCCUUAUUAAUGUGCACUGCAGUACCCCACUGUGCCUGCAGUACAGGAGGGCGCUCUUGUACUGCAUUACAUCAUUAAUGGCGUGAACCGGCCUUCCUCGUCUUAGCCAAUGAACGGAGGGAGAGGGUGUUCUUCCUUCCUGAAGUAGCCCGAUGCUUUUCAGCUGACGGCGUAAGAAACAGACGACAGCACAAAACACGACAGCUCACUCGCAGCGCGAGUGUCCGUUUACUCGAUACCAACUGAAUGCCAAAAUGUGAGGACGGCUGUUUAGCCCGUGAGAAUCGGCCUCUUCUCCUGCAGGGUGAAAUACCGCAGUGGUGACACGUAGGGUAAAAACACGAGGACAGACAGCAAAAUUAGAUUAUCCGAUCAGGAAGGCUUUACACAAAUAAUGAUCAAGCCAUCAAAUGUUUUUUACAGUGAUGGAUUGGUUUGUGCAGCGUUGCGCAUGCGGAAUAUUCACCAGUGCAUUCAAGCACGGCCAUAACUUUUCUCUAUUGUUCUCUCCAUCUCUCCCCAUCGCCCUCUCCUUUCCUUUUUCUGUUCCUCUCUCUCUCUCUCUGUCUCCAUCUCUGUCUCUUACACACUGUUUGAGAAAUAAAAAAGGGCUCUUCUGUUCUCUCUCUUUCUCUCCCUCCCUCUCUCUCUCAAUCAAUCAAUAUUACUGUCUAUAUUUGUGUGUAAUCUGAAAAUCUAUUUUCCUCUGUGGACCUAUUCCUCUCUCCCACCUUCCCCCUUAAUCCUGUACACACACACACGCAAGCACGCACACACAUGCAUGUGCGCACACACACACACGUACACAAACACGCACACACUUAUGUUCACACAUGCACACACACAUACAUGCACAUGUGCACACACACACGCUCACACAGACACACACGCAGACGCACACACACACAUACAUACACACGUGCACACACACACGCUCACACAGACACACACGCAGACGCACACACACAUACAUGCACACACACACACGUGCACACACACACGCUCACACAGACACACACGCAGACGCACACACACACAUACAUGCACACGUGCACACCCACACGCUCACAUAGACACACACGCAGACGCACACACACACUUAUUUUAUGCUAUUUUGGGGGCUGUCACUAUAAUACGUUCAAUUACUUUCAGUAUGAAAAUCUAUGCUGAAAAGCAUACCUAUGAUGAUGAUAACAAUGAUAACUGAAAUAACGAUGAUCAUAAUGUUAGAGAUGUAAAAAAAAAAAAGAAUUCCAAGUUCUACCGAAUCUCUGUCUUCCAGCUACUGUUUAACAUGAGGAAAAGGUAGAUUAUGUUUGUUAUUAACCAAAAUGCUUUCUACACAACCAGCUCUAUUCCCCGCUGCUAAUUAUGUUAGCUUGUGCUGCCUCCUCCUUCAGCUCUCCAGCGUGUACGUGCAGACCAUUCGGCUUCUACACCUCCCUCUCUUCUAGCCUAUAGUUUUAGACAAGUAUCGACACCCUUAAGGAAAAUUAAUUCAAUUUUGAUCAUAGGCUAUAUUUUGCUACAAAUAUUUAUGCCGAGAUAUAUUUAGAUAUACAUAUAUAUCUGUAGUUUCCCAUCGCAUCCAUCACAAACGAGGCGAAAGGCGUCCGUAAGGAAAAGCCGUAUAUGAAACUGGUGCCCUGGCGUCUUUAGCUAACGUCCGUUACUUGAAUUUGGUCAAUAUUGUGAUGGAAAAACAGGUGUAGCUUACCCAUCUGUCUUUUUUUUUGUAAUAAGUAGAUAAGGUCUUUAUUGAAUGAGAAAUAGCCAGGACUCUUGUGAAGGGAUUAGCCAGGGAGUAUAGAAAGCAUUACUAUUCCUUUUAAAGAAUAUUUUAAAAUUGUAAAGAAAUACAUAAAAUAUUAACAGAUGAAAGGUUAUUUACAGACUAUAUAUGUAUAUGUGAUACACAUAUACACAUAUUCAUAUUCAUACAUAUAUGAAUUACAAAUGUUUUAAGAGAUGACAAAUAAUGAAAUAUUAGACUUAUAAUAAAGAUGCUGAAAAUAAAACAUUCUGAAUAA